GAGCGCGCUACUGUGUCUAUGGUUGUGGUAACUAUCAGUUACGUUGUAUUACGGGAAUGAGUUUUGCUGAAGAGACCCAGGCGAUAUGGCUGGGUAUGGGGAUUAUCGUGAUCGGGGCUAUGAUGAUCGGGAGCGGCGGGACAGAGGGCGUGAUGGACUGGAUCAUCGUGAUAGCGCUUACGAGCAGGAAUCGCGCCGCGCUCCGGUACGAUGCUUCAAUUGUGAAGAGCUGGGGCAUUAUGCUAACCAGUGCACUCAACCAAGGCAACAACGGGUAUCUCGACCAUCAUCUUCGACAGAUUCCAAGGGCGACCGGAGCCAUGGCAAGCGGCCAGCAUUUGGCGAACAACUGGAGUCAAAAGUGGCCGAAAUCGGCAAGAGCAUGGCAGUGGUCUGCCAUUUUGUUGAAAUAGAGCAACAGAAGAAAGCCAUGAAAGAACGCAGGAGGAUGGAGAGGAAGGAGGCGGAGGAGCGGGCGGAAGCUGAACGAGCGAAAGCCGAAAUGAAACGUAAGAAGAAGGAAGAGAAGUUGCGACGUGACGCUGAGAAGUUCGAAGAGGUGAACAAGCAUCUUGACAUCAAGGUUGCUCUGCGUGUUGGUGAACUGCGAGAUGACGUACGAGAGGACGUGCGGUUGGAGAUCCGUGAGGCGAUCAACGAGUUGUGCAAGACGGUUGCACGGGGUAAGCAAAAAGUUAUCCCACCCUUGGGAUCCGAUCAGGAGAGCGGUGCUAGUGGCAGCGACACCGAUGAGAUCAGCGAACGAACACGUAAGCUGUGUAUAUCAGAGAAACGGAAACGGGGCCCGGAGCCGGUGUUUGAGGUUAGUCCUCCGAUGGAGCAACCUCCAAAACGGACACCGAGGAAAGCGAUGAAGCCUGCUAAGUUGACCGAACGCCUCACGCGUGCCAAAGCUAAGAGACGUGAGAAUAUGCCGACACCGAAGAAGACCCCACCAUCAAUUCGGAAGAAAGUCGAUGCCGCUGGACUUGGAGCCGUCAAGUGCUUAAAGUUCGAGAAGAAGAUCAUGAGCGAUCUCAAAGGUCUUGAUGCGUUGGUACUGCAGAACAUCUGCCGGGAUGAAGGAAUCCCUUAUGGUGGUAAGUUUGAGUCCAUUUUUUAUAUUGCCGCCCAUCGGGCGCAACUUGCUUUUGGACCUGAAAGUGACGAGGCGGGGUCAACUGAACCUGAUGACGUCAGCACGGAUCUAGUCGAGGAAACGGCCGAGAGCACUGAGGGGUGAUGUGCCUUCAGUAUUGCCGAUC